UUUAAUUGUUUGGCUUUCAAAAUUUGGAGUUUUAAAAAUUUUUGUUUACAUAUCCAAGGAAUUUAUGUUUUAAGAUUUUGUUUGUUCUGGUAUCAUUUAUCUACUAGCCUAAAAUGAAUUCAAAUAACACAACAAAUUUUGGUGAAUCUAAGAAAGAAGCACAAAAUACAUCAAAUUCAGCAGAAGAAAAACCCUCUCGUAAAUGCACGGAACAAAUAACUGCAAAACUGAAAGCCUCAAAUGAAUAUUAUGAAUCACCAAGUGCAUCUAGUUCAAAACCUGUUUCUAGGGAAGAAAUAUUAGCUGCUGCAAGUGAAAUGGAAAAUAUGGCUCUAGCACAUAAAAUUGCAGUUGAUAGUACUUUUGAGUUUGAAGAAAAGGAACCUCUGGAAAACAAGUUACACAAACAGGUGAAAGAGGCAGUGCAUAAAGUAUUCUGGGACAAUCUCAGAAAAGAGUUGGCAGAAAAUCCACCGAACCACACUCAAGCGUUGGCUUUGCUGAUGGAAAUAAGAGAAAUCUUGCUUUCAUUGUUACUUCCACACAACAAAGGACUGAAAAAACAAAUCCAAGAAGUGCUGGACACAGAGCUGAUACAACAGCAAAUUGCAAACGGCACUUUGGAAUUUCAAUACUACGCUAACUUUGUUCUAACAAUAAUGUCUAAGAUGUGUGCUCCUUCUAGGGAUGCAGACGUGAACAAGAUCAAACAAGAAUCUGAUACUGUUGCCAUAUUCAAAGGUGUAAUGGAGACGCUGCAACUUAUGAAGCUAGAUAUGGCUAAUUUCACCAUCAAAAUUUCUCGACCAGUGAUUGCAGCUGGUAGUGUGGAAUACGAAAAAGGGUUGUUCAAAGAGUUUUUGAGGGUGAAACCUGACGGAUUAGAGGCGACAAAGGCUUGGCUGCUAAGAAAUACACCACGUGAUACUUCCCUGACAUCGAAGAAUGAAUGCAGAGAAGUUUUAGCUCAGGCCUAUUUAGAAUUGCUUACAUGGGAUGAUAACUGUACUUUUCCAGAGACUUUGUUAUUGGACAAAAAUCGUCUUUUGGACCUGCGCAGUGAGACGCUACGAGUUAUGAUUGCUGCAACGGUGUUGCUUCUAGUGACCAACUAUGCUCCUCAACUCAAGACAAAUUCUGGUUUUAGUUUGUCUUUGAAGAAUCAUCUACUUCUUCUGCUACAGGAUGUGCGUUGUAAUAAAGAUUUGGAAUCUGUUUUACCAAACAUAAGUGUUCAAGUUAUUGAAGAGUUCAAUGCUUUACCUCAAUGUUUGAACGCUGAACUUGUGAAAAUUAUUGAAUCUCAAGUCAUACAAGUGUCUUCCUCGGAUCAUAAGAUCAGGCAAAUCGUCUUGUCCAGAAUUAAAGAAUUUCUUCAUGAGGCGAUAACUUCAGUCGAGCCAUCAAAAGCUGUUCCUGCAGUUUUGGCAGGGUUUACGGAGGAGAUAUCAACGUUGGGUGCUAAAUUUCAUAGUAUUGUGUCUUACAAUCGUAAAGUCUUUGGAGAGUAUUAUAUGGACAUUCUUGAACCACUCGAAUGAUAAGUUGUGUAAAAAAAUACUGUAGCUAAGUUAUAUUAAGAUAUGCCUUCUUUAAUCUGUGGUUUUCUCUGUAAUCUCAUUGAA